UUUCAUCUAAACUUGUCGGUUUAAAAUAUUAAGAUACAAUGGUGCUUCUGUGGUCUCUUGUCUUGUCUUUCACAUUUACUACAUGUUUCCCUUUAACUCAACCAAAGUGUCAUGAAAAUGAAAGUGAUGCCUUGUUGCAAUUUAAGAAAGGCUUUAUCAUCAAUAAGUCUGCUUCGGAUAAUCCUUUCAGUUAUCCUAAAACAGUAUCUUGGAAUGCAAGCAAUGAAUGCUGCUCAUGGGAUGGCAUUCAAUGUGAUGAGCACACAGAUCAUGUGAUUCACAUUGAUCUUAGUAGCAGUCAACUCUAUGGUACAAUGGAUGCAAAUACCACUCUCUUUCGCUUUGUACACCUUCGACAUCUCGAUCUUUCUGACAAUGAUUUCAAUUACUCUCAAAUCCCACCUAUGAUAGGUGAGCUUUCACAACUAAGAUACCUGAAUCUUUCUCACAAAUUUCUUUUUGGCGAAAUUCCCCCACAAGUUUCACAAUUGUCCAAUUUAGUGUCUCUUGAUCUUAGCUUCCAUGUUGUACCAAAUAUUCUACUUAGUAAAGUCAAUCUGUUGCAACUCAAACAGUCUAGUUUCAAAAGCAUAAUUCAAAACUCUACAAAACUUGAGAUACUUCGGCUGAAUUAUGUGACAAUUUCAUCCACUUUACCAUACACACUCACAAAUCUAACUUCGUUGCAAAUACUAUCUCUUUCGAAUUCUGAACUGUAUGGUGAAUUUCCAGUUGGAGUAUUUCAUCUUCCAAACUUGAAAUUUCUGGAUUUGAGAUAUAAUCCAAAUCUCAAUGGUAAUUUGCAUGAGAUUCAGUCUAAAUCACUCUCCAAAUUAUUUCUCGAUGAGACAGGUUUCGGCGAUACACUCCCAAUAUCCAUUGGAAAUCUUAGUUCUCUAAAUAUUCUAUCAAUUAAUGGUUGUGAUUUUUUUGGGUAUAUUCCUUCUUCAUUUGGUAACCUCACACAACUCAUGCAAAUAAGCCUUGGACAUAACAAAUUUAGGGGUGAUCCUUCUGCAUCUCUUGAAAAGCUUACCAAACUAAACAAAUUGGUAGUUGGUUUCAAUGAAUUUACUUUUGAGACCAUCUCAUGGAUAGGUAAGCUCUCAUCAAUAUUUGCCUUGGAUAUAUCCUCGGUCAAUAUUGGCUGUGACAUCCCAUUAUCUUUUGCAAAUCUCACCUUGCUAGAAAUACUAAUUGCAGAUAACAGCAGUAUAAAGGGUGAAAUUCCAUCUUGUAUAUCUAGUCAAUCUUUAGUAAAUCUAGUGCUUAGAGGGAACAUGUUGUCUGGCCUCAUUCCUCAAACAUACAAGAUAGGAAAUGCCCUUCGGAUGAUGGAUCUCAGCAACAACAAUUUGCAAGGUCAGUUGCCAAGGACAUUGGUCAACAAUAAAAGGCUAGAGUACUUUGAUAUUAGCAAUAACAGUAUCAACGAUUCGUUUCCAUUAUGGCUAGGAGAUUUACCCGAGUUGAAGGUAUUGGAUUUAAGUUACAAUGAAUUUCAUGGAGACAUUAGAUGUUGUGAAAAUGUGACACACACAUUUCCCAAGCUUCACAUCAUUAGUCUUUCUCACAACGCAUUCUCUGGCAGUUUUCCAUCAAAAAUGAUCCAAAGUUGGAAAGCAAUGAAAACUUCUGACACGGGUCAAUUACAGUACGAGCAAGUUUCAGUAUACUCUAGAUCCUACAAGCCAGAAAAAUUUUCAGCGGCAAUGCAUAUUUUUUAUUCGUUCGCAAUAUCAAACAAAGGGCAUAUCAUGGUUUAUGAGAAGCUUCAAGAGUUUUAUAGCAUGAUAGCCAUUGAUAUUUCAAGCAACAAAAUCAGUGGAGAGAUACCAAAAGUACUUGGCGACUUAAGAGGUCUUGUUUUGCUCAACUUGUCAAAUAACAACUUUGUUGGUAGCAUUCCAUUGUCUUUAGGGAAGCUUUCAAAACUUGAAGCACUUGACCUUUCUUUCAACAGUCUUUCAGGGAAGAUUCCCCUAGAGCUGACACAGCUCACAUUUCUAGAAUUUUUGAAUGUGUCCUUCAACAAUCUCGCAGGACCUAUACCACAAAAUGAGCAAUUUUCUACAUUCGAAGGAAAUUCAUUUGAGGGUAACCAAGGUUUGUGUGGAGAUCAAUUGAUAAACAAGUGUAUAGAUCAUCCGGGGACGUCAAGCUCUGAUGAUGGUCAUGACUCGGAAUCUUUCUUUGAAAUUGAGUGGAAAGUAAGUCUGAUUGGAUAUGUAGGUGGUCUUGUUGCUGGAGUGGCAUUGGGAACCACUUACAGCUCUAAAGUACUUAGGUGGCUUAAAAGGUUUUUUUGAGUUAAAAGAAUCUUAAAAAGGCUUCUCUUUCUUUUGUAUUUUAUUCUCGUGUGUUUUUGUUUCUUUUUAUUAUGAAUGCCUAUAAUAACAAUGUAUGGGGUUUGUAUUUUAUUGCUUGUUUAUUUGAAAUAUUAUG